AUGUCAGCGGAGGAGUUUGUCGACAAUGGCGCCGACAAUGGUACCAAGAAGCGCGCUCUGCCCUCAUUGCUCAACCACUUCAAUGGGAACGAUCUCAAAACUCUUUUCCGCUGUUCCAUAGCGGCUUGGGUUGCUGCUCUUUUGAUAUUCAUUGAACCUUCUCUUCAAAGCAUCGGCAUUUCUACUUUUUUUGCUGCUCUAGUUCUCUUUGUCACGCCGCCGGCUGGCAUUCUCCUCAUCUAUCUCCUCGGAUCUCUAUCGCUCCUUGUCGGUCUGUGUCUAGGUUGGGCUUGGGGAAUCUUGACAAUGAAGGCUGCAUUGGCUGCCCGUCCCGCUUCAGACACCCAAUCACAACUCCAAGCCCUACAGCAGGCCGCGGUCGCUCAAGCACAAAGCACUGGUCAAAAUGCAACCGUCAUCAGUAAGAUACUGGUAUAUGAAGGUCAUAUGCUGGAUGCACGCGUGACGGUUGUAUACUACGUCAUGUCUUGUGCCUUCAUCUACUUUCUGUCACGCUUACGAGCAAACAACGUCAAGCUUACCCUUCUUCAUCUCUUUGGCAACAUCGUCGUCGAUGUGUUUCUGCUGACCGGGCCACUUCUACCGACCUUCACUCCGCUCCUGGGGCAGGUAUUGGUGAAGCCAGGCGCCAUUGGAGUAGGCAUUGGCGCAGCGUGUUGCUUGAUAUUCUUCCCACAGUCUACUUCCUACGUGGUUCUUCGAAAAAUGGAACAACUCAUUCGCAUGUUCGACAUUCCUCUUGACUUGACACAGCAACGGUUCAAUACUCAAAAACUGGAAGUAGAGCAGCUGAGGCAAAGCAAAGAUGGCAUGAUUGCACUUUAUAAAGCCAUGGAGCCAGAAAUUGCCUUCCUUCCCCUGGAUAUUUCCCGUGGCCGGUGGAAUGCCGACGACGUCAAGGGCCUAAAGGAAUGUAUCCGCCAGACUAUGAUAGCCAGCACAUCUCUGAUCGAUUUCCACAUCACCACCAUUAUAGCUCUGCAGAAGGAAAGCAAAGCAGGCUUGCAGUAUGAUAAACACUCUAGUGACGGACAGACGGGAGAAAAGGGUAGUCACGAGAUUGGUCAACGCCAUGUUUUGCAAUACGCAGAGCUCAUGAAGGCACUUCGAACGCCCGAGCAGAGCGAUCUUCGCAUUCGAAUGAUAGAAGCUAUGCGCGAAACAACCGCACAACAAGUGUUUGAUGCGCUGGUUCAACGAAUGGAGACAUCCCUGGCAGCGUUACAGUCUGCUCGCGAGUUCUGCGUCACCAAUACCACCGAAGCAAUUAUAGACUGUCACUCCGAUCUUUUUGACCAAGACGGUCAGCUGAAGAUAUCAGACACUCUCCAGCCACAGUCUCUGCAGGCGAUGAUGGUUGCCAUGGUAUUGGAAGAACGUAUACUAGGCGUGGCUGUGGCGAUGGAGACAAUGCUGAAACACGUUCUUCAACUGACGACUUCACAAACCCGGCAUCGCAUCUGGCUCCCGUCCCGCAUACGUUAUGCCUUUCACUGGAUUUUUAGUGGGAGGAAAACAAUUCCAAUCGCCGGCGUCUCUGAUGACGGCGGUGCGGAUGAUCCAGACGUGGCCGAUGAACAGUCCAAGGAGGUGCGCCAGCGACUCCGUCUCAUCCGAGGCUACGAGGCUCCCACCCGCGCAGGACCAGUGGCCAGAGCUGUUGCCGGAACCUACCGUUGGCUCACCAACCCAGCCGGCAUGUAUGCAAUGCGAAUGGUUGUCACAUGCGUGCUCCUUUACAUGGCUGAUUUUACCUUUUCCCUCAUCUCGAGAGCCCUCGGCACAGUGAUUGGAGGAGUCUUUGGCCUUGUUGCGUGGUACAUAGGAUCUGGCAGUGGUCCAGGUAACCCAUACGGGCUGGCCGCCAGUGUGGCAGUUUUCACCGUAAUCUCUAUGUGGCUGAGGAUAUUUUUACCGCUGGCAUACACUCAGGCAACGGCUAUGUGCGGCGUCACGUUCAUCCUCAUCAUUGGUUUCAGCUAUGAUAAUGUCCAUCUACCCCAGUACGGAAACCCUGGCAGAGGAUACCAGGCCUUUUGGAAGCGAUUGGUCACUGUCUUGCUGGGCUUUCUCGCCGCGACCAUUGUUCAGCUCUUCCCCAAACCCCCGUCUGCCACCGGACAUGUGUGUAAGACUCUGGCGAAUACCGUUCGUACCUUGUCAGACUAUUACGCCCUGUUGUUAUCACAUUGGAGUCGGGCGAACCAGGAGGGCCCCAUUGGUGCUACAGCCAUAGAGGAGCUUACACUAGAGGUUGCAGAGAUUCUCUCAUCAUUGAAUGGCUCAUUAGCCCUUCUAAAGGUGGACUUUAGUGCGGGCCCGUUCGAUCAAGCGGUUCUACGUCAAACUCAAGAGCAGUGUCGAAACAUGAACCAAGCGCUCGGGAGACUCUUGUAUCUGUCGACUACUCUUCCCAAGGAAUUUCAAGAGAGACUAGUUACUGCUCUUGGAAUACUGGAUGAUGGCGCCAUCGGAAACAUCAUGGCCGUGCUGGCAAUCGUCGAACAAGCCCUGCGGACCGGAUCCCCUCUCCCGGAAAGACUUCCUGUGCCUCUUGUCCGUACCUGCUUUGAGUCCCUAUCCUAUGCGCAGCACCAUAAGAUUGAACUAAGCACAACGCUUGUGCGAGAUGAGAAUUACCGACGGUACUGUGUUGCCGUGUCAUCUUACUUGAAGUUUCUCACUGCAAUCGAUGAUUUAGUCUUGUGUUUGAAGGAAGCACUGGGAGAGCGUCACGUUAUUUAUCUAUGGGAUGACGAUGUUUAA